UCCUGAACUUUGCAAAUCUUCCAGUUUUGUUUCAUUUUUGUUCCAGAGGACCAACUUUUUUCCUAACUCGUGCUUGGCGUUAAUUGAUUAUUAUUAUUCAGUUUAAUCUCGUACCUUUUUCAACAACUUCACAACAUCUGCGUCAAGCAUCAACUUACUCCAUUGCAGCAGAUAGGACUUGUUCAAAUGAUGGCUGGUGCUGCGCUACCAGCAACCGUGGUAUUCCUGGUCGCCAUGGUACACUUAAGUGGUGCUGCGGUGGUCGCCAAUACCUACUCUGCCGCCACCAUGGGAGCCAGCAAGCUGCUGUCGGGGGCGUCCGUGGGCGCGGUGACCAACCCGCAGCGCUGCCUGCAGCUGUGCGGGGCGCAGCCUGCCUGCGUCGCCUUCAACUUCAACGACGUGACCAGGGAGUGCGAGCUCGUGGCUGCGGUAGCCGGCAGCGCGGUGGUGCCGAGCUGGCGCUGCUUCAGGAUGCUGGUGCCACCACCCGCCAGGAUUAUGGACCCAUGCGCCAGCAACCCGUGUCCUGCUAACAAG